AUGGAACAAAAUAGUAAGAAUGCUCUUGAUAGAUCAGAAGACGUCACGAAUAAUGAAAAUAUAAUUUUUUUCGGAGGAGCGGGACUAUUUACACGAGUAAUAAUUACAUUGGUGAAUAUCCUAAUGUUAACAAAUUUACUACUAGACAUAAACAUAAGUUGUGAUGGAUAUUUACGUACAUGGAUCAUAGGAUCAUCAAUAUUAAGCUUUUUCUUGAUGUCAUUUAUAAGAAGAGUCCCAACUUUUCUAAAGGAAGAUAAAGGACUACUUUCAGAGCUUAUUUUAAUGUUUAUAUUUUUUAUAUGGACAUAUUUUGGGACUAUCCAGAUUAAUAAAUCAAAUGCUUGCCAAAAAAUUGCACCACAUUUGUUUUGGACGGUGUUCUAUUGUAGGAUUGAUUUUAAGUUUAAUGAUUAUAACAAUAGGAUCGUUUUUUUUUACAAAAUCAAAGAAAGUGAAAUUGUAAUUGAAUUGAAAUUUUUGGAACUUUAUAUUUUAUUGUUAAAAUUUUUUUUGUAA